AUGGUUGUCAAACUUAAAAAAUCUUUCCAGCAACAGCUGAAUGAAUCUUUUGGGAAGAGUCUCCAUGCUUCUCUUCUAAAUCAGUCAAGCAGCAAAGAACCAAGCAGAACACCAGAGACAGAGGCUGAACGAGAGAAGCACAGAAACACUUUGAAACGCAUGCGAGAGUUUUUCACGAGCUGCGAAACAACUGAAUCCAUCAGUGACAAGCAGAUGCAGUGGGCAGACGGUGUGAUACUGGUCUACAGCAUCUGUGAUCGCUCCAGCUUCGAGGUGGUCCGGCAACAGGUGCAGCUCAUCCGUCAGACUAGGAAGCUGUCCGCAUCUACCCCAAUCAUCAUCGUGGGGAACAAGCGAGACCUGCUGCAUCAGAGAGCCGUGUCGAGUGAGGAGGGCAGACUGUUCGCCCUCUCGGCAGACUGCGGCUUCUUCGAGAUCUCGGCGGCGGAAACCUACCACGGUGUGCUGCUGGUUUUUCACGAAAUCCUGAACCUCAUCAAGGAGUCCAAAGCACUUAAAAAGGGAAUGGUUGGAAUCAAGGGUAUAGUCAGAAGCGUGUCUGCAGUGUUUGGAAAGAAACGAGAGUUGUUUCAAAAAAUUGAGAGAUGUUGAGCAAGAUGAAGAUAUGAGGCCCCUGGCAGCCUAGCAUCUAAAUAGCUGAGAAGAGGACCCCGGCUGAUGGGUUUUUGGGGCCGAAGGGAGACACUUUCGCCUUAUUAACCCUCAUGGAUGGUGGAAGGAAAAGUAUAAGAAGACAGAAAAAGUUCAGAGCCCAGCAUUAUGGUGAAGAAAAGCAGAUUAAGUUUGUUACAGCAAGGCGAUAAAAGAUGUGCUGAAAAUAAGUGAUCCUGGGCUUUGAUGUAAGUUGGUCACUGGGUAUGUGUAUUGAAAUGAACCAAGAGAUGGCCCGGAUCUGUCGUAGUCCUUGACAUUUCUCACAGAAAGAUCCUUCAGCUCUGAACAGAUGCAUAUCUUCCCUGCAUUGUUCCCAUUUGAGCCUCCACUGCCAUUUAGAUGUGAAUUAUUAAAUGUGGCAAUUGGGAGGAGACUAUAUGUAGUAAAAUGUAUAUAGAUAUUUUAUGUAUAUAUUGUAAUUUCCAUAACAUCGUUUCCUGGAUUUUUUUUUUUGAGGUUGGUGGUAGUAUAAAUGCAACUCCAGUAAAGGCUUGUUCACACCAAGGAUGAUAACUGUAACUAUAAACUUUUAAUAAUCAUUCUAAUGAAUGAUACAAACAAUAUUGUUGGACAGCCAAUCAGAAUCCACAUGACUUAAGCUUGAGCUUUUAUUGUCCAUUGAUGUGUAUGCCAACAUAGUUACUGUUAGAGUUAUUGUUUUAUUGUUCUUAACUUAAGAGUGACAUAUAAAGAAAUUCAGAGUGAGAUAUUAAGAGUGUCUGUACAUGUUAUUAACGUGUAUAUAUUUGAAUCUUUCACUUUUGUAUAUAAAC